AUGGAUCCCUCGGGCCUAGAGCCCCACCCUACCGGGCAGGGGUCUCACCCCGCGGGCCUAGAUUUCGACUCUCCCGGCCAAAAUUAUUUCCCCACUAGCCACGAGUUCAACUCUCUCUACCAAGAGCUGGACUUGGACUCUCUUAACGGAGAUCUUGCUUCUCAGCCCAUGAUAGGCGCCGUGGCAGAGCCCUCUGAGGGCCCCUAUGAACCCCAUCCGACUGCCGAGCCAGAGGAUCUCACGGAGGCCGAGCAAACGGAGCUCAAAUCCGAGCUCGCUGAAUUGGAAGCUGAAAUCGUAGCCCUCCGCCACGCACUGGCCGCCAAAGAAAGACGCUGCCUGGAGCUCAAGAGGAAGCUGGGCCUCAGGGCUUUGGUGGGGCUGAAGCAGAAUCUGUCCAGGAGCUGGCACGAAGUUCAGGUCUCCAACGCCUACGUGAAACAAAAGACUUCGGCUGCGCUGUCCACCAUGGGCUCUGCCAUCUGCAGGAAGCUUGGGGACAUGACAAAGUCAGCCACAUUCAGAUCCUUUGAAGGCCUGGUGGGGACAAUCAAGUCCAGAGUUGCAGGUGGCAGAGAGUUUGGCAGUGACUUCCUUCCUUCUUCAGCGGGGUGUGGGGAUGAUCCACCCCCGGUUUGGAGGAGUAGAGAUGAUCCACCCCCAAUUUCAGGGAGUGAGAAUGACCCGGUUCCGGGGAGUGGAGAUGAUGCGGUUCCGGGGCGUGGAGAUGAUGCGGUUACGGGAACUGGAAAUGACCUGCUUCCCUUUCUGGAGCAGGAAUGA